AUGACGUCCGCGGUGACGUCCCCCGUGGGGGUAGCCCGUCUCCUGCAGAUGACGUUCGGCUGCACCACGUUCAGCCUGGUCGCCCACCAGGGCGGGUUCAGCGCAGCCUAUGGCACCUUCUGCAUGUUUGUCUGGACCUUUUGCUUCGCCAUUACCGUCUUCAUCAUCGGCUGCGAGUUCACGCGCCUGCACAGCUGCCUGCACAUCUCCUGGGGGAACUUCACCGCCGCCUUCGCCAUGCUGGCCACGCUCAUGUGCGCCACGGCCGCGGUCAUCUACCCGCUCUACUUCGUGCAGCUGGGCUGCUACCCCAUCGGCUCCCCGCGGCGCCCCGCGCUCUGCGCCAAGGGCCGCUGCCCCUGGGACAGCCAGCUGGUCAUCGCCAUCUUCACCUACGUCAACCUGCUGCUCUACGUCGCGGACCUGGCCUACUCCCAGCGCAUCCGCUUCGUCUCCCACCUGUAG